AUGAAGUUUACACAAAUUGCACAAGCUUUAGCACUAGCAGGAUCUGCAACUGCUGCUACAUACUCCAACUCUUCCUACGUUCCAAGUGGUAGUGGUUACUUCUACAACGGUACAGUCUACUACAGCGUCUCGUUACCAAACUCCGGCUUCACCAACUUUGAAAUUUACAGAGAAUCUAAUGACAUCACCGGUGCUAGCAUUGACCAAGAAACUGCAUCGGCAGUCUACUCUCCAGCAGGAACUCCUUUUGAAGUGGUCACUCACUUCCCAAGCAACUACCUUGAAAUCGACGGCAAUGAUGUCCAGUUUUCUUCUCCACAAGAAUCCAUUGAUGUUUCCUUCAAUGGUAAAAUCACUGAAGCACUAGAUGCUUACGUUAUUGAUUUACAGGUUAUCUUGGAAGGUUUACCUGAACAGAUUCAAAAGAGAGAAGACCAAACCUUUGACCUUGUUAUCACUGCUACAUCUUCUUCUCCAUCUGGUCCAACCACUUCAUCUAGCUCCAACUCCACCACCACUCCACCACCAACCACCUCCGGUACCAUCACUACCCAAGAGACUACUGUCAUCACCGUCACCUCUUGUUCUGAUGACAAGUGUACCGAUGUUCCAGUCACUACAGGCUUAACAACCGUCACUGAAAAGGACACCACCUACACCACAUACUGUCCAUUGAGUACCGUCACCACCCAAGAAACUACCGUCAUCACCAUCACCUCUUGUUCCGAAGACAAGUGUACCGAAGUUCCAGUCACUACUGGUGUCACCACUGUAACUGAAAAGGACACUACCUACACCACAUACUGCCCAUUAACUACUGUCACUACUCGUGAAACUACAGUUAUUACUGUCACCUCUUGUUCCGAAGAUAAGUGUACCGAAGUUCCAGUCACUACUGGUGUCACCACUGUCACUGAAAAUGAGACCACCUACACUACUUACUGCCCAUUGACUACUGAAGAAACUUCUAAGCCAACUGCAGCACCAACUACUGAAAAGCCAACUGCAGCACCAACUACUGAAAAGCCAACCGAACAACCAACCAAACAACCAACCACUGUUACUUCUGUAACUUCUGCAAGUUCUCAAGCACCAUCUAACCCAUCUGAGGAAGCAUCCACCUUCGAGGGUGCAGCUCCAGCAGUCAAGGCUACUACAGUUUUCGCCGGCUUAACCUUCUUAUUGACCUUCUUAUUAUAA